ACCUUCUAGUCCACCUAGAAGAUGUCAGCUUUCAUUUAUAAUUAAAUAAAUGCGGCACACAUCUUACAUCAAUUAGUGCUGUUUCUCAUCUUCAGCUAUUUCCGGAAAACAGCUUAGGUUGCAACCUUUUGAAUUGGAAUUCAAGUAAUAUAAAGAUCUCGCGAGAGCGGUGGCGUGGCUGGCUGGCAGUAGGGUUGCAGUAGACAGAGGGAGAAGGCAGGCAGGCAGCAUCAUGGCGGACAGAGACAGUGGAAGUGAGCAGGGAGGAGCAGCCACGGGCCCGGGUGUCGGUUCCAUGCACCCAGUGACAGGAGGGGCGGGCUCGGCUUCCGGGCUGCAGCAUGAGACGCAAGAGCUCGCUUCGAAACGGGUUGACAUUCAGAACAAACGUUUCUAUCUGGACGUAAAACAGAAUGCGAAGGGCCGCUUCUUGAAGAUAGCUGAAGUCGGGGCUGGGGGAAACAAGAGCCGCCUGACUCUCUCUAUGUCAGUUGCUGUCGAGUUCCGUGACUACCUGGGGGAUUUCAUCGAACAUUAUGCCCAAUUGGGUCCUAGCAAUCCGGACAUGGUGCAGGAUGAACCGCGACGCGCGCUGAAGAGCGAGUUCCUGGUAAGAGAAAAUCGGAAAUACUACAUGGACCUGAAAGAGAAUCAGAGAGGCCGGUUCCUAAGAAUUCGACAAACGGUGAACCGGGGGCCCGGAUUGGGAUCCACGCAAGGCCAGACGAUCGCUCUUCCUGCCCAGGGACUUAUUGAGUUUCGUGACGCUUUGGCCAAACUCAUUGAUGAUUACGGAGUUGAGGACGAACCCGCAGAGUUGCCAGAGGGUACAUCUUUGACUGUGGACAACAAACGGUUCUUCUUUGACGUGGGCUCGAAUAAGUAUGGAGUGUUUAUGAGGAUAAGCGAGGUGAAACCUACGUACCGUAACUCUAUCACGGUGCCCUACAAAGUGUGGUCCAAAUUCGGAAACACUUUUUGUAAAUAUGCAGACGAGAUGAAAAAAAUUCAGGAGAAACAGCGAGAGAAGAGGGCAUGUGAGCUACAACAGCAGCAAGAAGAAUUGCAUGGCGACGAUGGAGACGAGGAUUGAUAAAUGGAGAGAAAACAUGCAAAAUUAAUCAAAAUAACAAGAGAAAUUAUAAUUAAAACUUUACUGUAAAAAGAAAGAAACCUAAAGAUUUAACUGUAACUGUUUAACUCCAAGGGAGCACCACCCACAAAUCAAACCUCCACAGACUGACAGUUGCGACUAUAUGUCACCCAUCGCUGGAUGUUACCCACGUAAUCCACCAUUAAUACAGUAAGCGGCUGCUAAACAAAGUAAUAACAUUAUAUAUGAACCGUGUUUCCUACUUGAUUACAAAUGAUAAAGAACUUGAGUGUUUAUUUCCCCUUAUUAACCAAGAACUUUUGUACACGUUCAAGCUAUUACAAAAGGUGUUUGCAAUGUUCAAAUAGAAUUGUUGCCGAAAUGCGAGAAACAAGACCUUUUCUUGUGAGCUAAUGACUUCAGCACAAAUCAGAAAUGUUAAUUUUACUGUCUUUUUCUCUUUCGUUCCUUUUUGAACCAAAACGUAAAACCCUUUCAAGAAGGUUGUCAUGUUUACCACCACAUAUGUUUCAUGUGAGGGCUAGGGGUUAAAAUGUCAUGCAAGCAUUAUGCCUGUCAUACUGUAGGUACAACAGGCAAAUCCAUUGGAAGGGAUCAAGAGCUGUUUGCAAUAGGCUACAUUGUAUCGAUAUCACACAUAUUGGACUGGUUGGUGGAUCUCAAAAUGAAGACCUUUCCAAAAGGCAUAUUAAUAUUAUUAAUGUAUUUUUUUAUUGAGUCAUGCAGAUCAUUAUUCUAUAUAUUUGUGUCUUGUUGUCAUGCAAUGUGUAUGGAAAAGGUACCUGACUUUUAUUAAGGAAGUACAGUAACUACAUGCAGCAAUGACAUGAGUGCUUAAAGAUGCAGUCCUUGAUUUGGUUUCACUUUCCCAAAAUGUUGUUGUCUUUGGAGGUCAACAGCCUAUUAAAUUACUCACCUCCUCCAUUCUCUUGAAGCACCAUUUUGAUUGGCUGGGAUUGUUUAUGGUUCAGUGUGAGCCAUAUUGUCUGUUCAUUUUCCAUUUACAGAGCUGGGGCUGCGUACGAACGCCUCCCUUGAGCCCAAACACUGAAUGGACAGGUUUGAGAACUGUGAGGAGCAAUUCACUGAAUUCUACGAAUGAUGUACGAAAUUAGUCACGGACUGCACCUUUAACAACAUAUUUGUAAUAUAGAAUUUUCAACCCUUCUUUAAAGCCCAUUAAAAUGUACAGGAUCUUACAAAAGUGCUAAUGUAAAAAAAAAAAAAAAAUGCAAAGUAUGAUUUUGUGAAUCAGAAGUAUUUCUGUGCUUAUGGAAAAGAGAAAAAACAUCCCGCGUUUUCAGUGGGAAGAAUUUGACAAACAAUCUGUAAAAGUAUUUAAAAUAUCUCUAUCUGUCACUAUAUAUAUGUAUACAGAUGUAGGUCUGUAUAUAGAUAUAUAAGCAUAUGUGUGUGUGGCUGUCAGUGAGUUUGUGUGUGUGUGGGUGUGAGUGAGUGAGUGUGUGUGUAUGUGUGUGUGUAACAAUCUACCAAUGAGAGAAUGAGUGGUACGGAAGAAUGCUGUAGCUGCAUGUGAACCUGUACACAGUUGCAUUGAGAUGGACAUCUCAAUGACAGUCCUCAAGGACCCUGUAAUGAAGUGGUUUUCAAUUAUAAUUAGACUGUUAGACUGUCUUGUCCAGAUCACUAAAUCUCUGACCACCAAUGUGGAUUUCACUUAGUCUGUAACUGUGGUGCCAUCGUAGCGGAGAUGGUAUGUACCAGGGCAGUGACUGGACUCUUUAAUUUUUUCAAUUCUAGUGCCGAGGUCAGUCCACAGCAGCGAGUUCACGUGGAAAGGGAAACCCUGACUCAAGGAGGUCCUUGAGAACCUGUGUUGGGUGCCACUGGCAUUGAUAAUACUUGUUGAGGAGCCUAACUCUUCAGCAUUUAAAACAACCUGGUGCCUUACACGCUCGGCAUGCUUACACACUGGCUGGUGCAUUGGAUUGCAGUUUGGGUUCAUGUCUUUUUGAUUACUUUCUUAACCUUCUCGAUGUGUGAUUUCAUUUGAAAAGUCUUGUCCCUCCCCGUACCUUCCCCUACCUUUUGUGUGUGACCACACAACUAGUGAUGCCCACUGGUUUCCCCUGGAGAGAAUAUAGGACAUGGGUUGAAGUCUCAACGAUUCCCCGUGGACCUAUAUCCCCCAAUCUACCCAAUUAUCCAGGCAUCGGCCUACAUGUAAACAUGGAAGGGGGUGUUCACCUGGACAGUAGUGCGUAAGAGCUAACUCUUCACUUGCAAAGCCUACAGUAGGCCAGUGAUAUAACCACAAAUGGUGGUAGGGAGUGCCACUUUGAACUGGGUAGGGAUUUAAUAUGCCUGCACUUCCCCUGUGCAAGGUUUCUUGUAAUGCUAUGGCUUGGACAGUAACGUGUCAUUUGUCAGAAUUGUAAGGCCUCUUGUUAGAGGUAUAGUCAGCAUGUCUAAUUUUUCUUUUCUAACGUUGAAACAUUAUUCCACAUUAUUUGUCAUUUUGAACAUUUUGGCUCACAAGUUUUUUUUUUUUUUUCUUCUUCUUCGUCUUUCUUUCCAGUGCUAUAUUUCAUUACUGUGUGCAAUAUCGUAUGUGCCAAUUGUGGCAAUAUAUGUAUAUCAAUUAAAUAUAAGAUUAAUAUUUGAAAGCAUGUGGCUGAAUUCCACGUUUAUUUCUCUCUAAAGAGGUUUUUUUUUGUUUAAAAAAAAGCCUUUUUCUGCACUUAAAACUAAAGGUCUGUAUCUGGAUGAGGAGAGUAGAAAACACGCCAGCAGCCCAGUCUAGAAGAGGCUUAGAGACCACUCCAUCACAUUCACCAAUGCAUUCAUUGGACACCAACCUGUUCACCAUUCUCUCCUGUGUCCACACUCCUCCACCUACCACACCAUCAGUGGGGUCUGUCGAUGGGAGAGGGAGGGGGAGGGGAAGGGGCAGAUGUGAGGUUGUAUGAGUGGCUGUACAUGUGGUGUCAGUGUUUGAGGUUUUGGGGGGUUUCAGUGGGAGCUUUUAGCAUGCAGUCAUGUUCCCUGGUUGUACUAAAAACAAAAAAAAAGUUAUAAAUAUAUAUAUAUAUAUAUCUUUAUAUAUAUAUUGGAGGAGAUCCCUAUGAAAGUGUAUGAUGAUCUUUAUUCUGUCUUCAGUGGUUGAUGGAUGUCUAGCACAUUGCUUUCCCAACUAGAGGAAGUAUCUGACUAAUAUGGUAUUUGGAAAAUGAUCUCAACAAGGAAUGUCUUGUGCAUUUUUUUCUUUAACUUAUAUUCCUUAUGUUUUCAAAGAUGAUUAUUGAAUAACUCAUUCAAUGUUGAUAAGUCAAAUAUAAUUUAUGUACAUUUUACAAAAUUUUAAAAUAAAAGAAAUGUUAAUUUA